GCUAAUAAGGAAAGGUAUCUGUGACUUGGAUGAUGCAAUUUAUUUUAUUUAUAUUUCAGGCAAUGCUGAUCUUAUCGGACUGUCUCCAAUGAAACUGAACAAAAAUAGAAGAUUAUGUGAAAGCCAUUUUCAAGAAAAAUUCAUACUUCCCAGUGGUCGACUUGCAUUUAAUGCCCUUCCCAACUGCUACACUGCUCCUGAUGAGGACACGUCUUCUGGUUCGACUGGAGUUUUAUCAGCCAACAGUAGAGAAGCCUUGCCUAGCACCAGUACUGCCCCUGGAAUCACAACUCCAGUGAAAACCCCGAGACAUCCACCUCCUGCUAAUGCUGCUACUACGACAGGAAAUUUCAUUGAAAUACCUAGCACCAGUACUGCCCCAGUAAUCAUGACUCCAGUUAAAACCCCGAGACGACGUCCACCUCCUGCAGCCACCUCGACAGGGAAUAUCAUAGGUUCGCCUUCAAAAAGACCCCGUUUGAUUUCACCCUCACCUUCACCCGUACUAUUACGCCAAACCAAUUCUCCCAGACGCUAUCACAGGCAAGAUUUUUCAACACCAUUACAAUCACCGUUACUGCAAACAUCUUUACAUUCACCAGUAGUAACAACACCGUCAUCAACUUUUUGGAUUUCGAAUGCAUCAACAACAAACAAAACAAUCUCCGGACAAGCAGACCAGCCAAGGAGCCAAAAGAAAACUAAACAGAACGUUAUUUAG